GCAAAAAGGGGGAGGUCACUUGCACCGAAUGCACAAAAUGGAUGACUGGUGGAAUCAAUAGAUUAAAAUACCACCUUGCACAAAUACCUGGAUAUGGUGUGGAGGCAUGCCUCAAAUCAACUCUUGAAAUUAUUAGAGAGAUGAAGGCCAUUCUUGCUGAGAAUGAUAUGCAUAAGGAAGAAAGGCAAAAAACAAGAGAAGCCAUGGCAGCUGCAAUGAAUCCCACAUUGUCCACUUCGGGUCCCAUUGGUCACAGUCGGGGUCGUCAGUCACUUUCAUCUUUUGGUGACAAUGAGGGUGAGGCUAGUGGCACUCCUGUUAGAUUAGACCCUAAUUUUUUUGUACCACGCAAUGUUCCAGGUGCACAACCUUCACUUGAAGGUACAGGAUGGAAUAGAGAGAAGCAUGAACAAGCACGGAUAGCAGCUUCAAACUUUUGGUUUUACAAUAAUCUAUCUUUCAAUGCAGCAAACAAUGUGUAUUGGGAAAGUUUUGUUAAUGCAUGUACAGUGGCGGGUAAGGGGUUUAAGGCCCCAACAGGUCAUGACUUCAGUGGGCCAUUGUUAGAGAAAGCUGUGAAAAAUACAGAAGGUGUGGUUGAUGAUCAGAAAAGGUAUUGGAAGAGAAAAGGAUGCAACAUUUUAUCUGAUGGAUGGACAGAUGGACGGAAUAAGACUCUUCUCAACUUCUUGGUGGCUUCAAAUGGUGCAAUGGUAUUCAUAAAGUCUGUUGAUGCCUCAAAUGAAAUAAAAAAUGCAGAGACUUUGUGUAAUCUGUUGGAUGGUGUGGUUCGGGAAGUUGGAGUUGAGAAUGUUGUCCAAAUUAUCACGGACAACGCAGCUGCAUAUGUAUCUGCAGGUAGAAUGCUUAUGCAGAGGCAUCCUUCGAUUACAUGGAGUCCUUGUGCUGCACAUUGCUUGGACUUGGUGCUAGAGGACAUUGGGAAGAUUGGAUGGGUGAAGAAGGUGGUUGAAGAUGCAAAAAGUGUCACCAAAUUCAUCUACAACCAUACUUGGGUGCUUGCUUUGAUGAGAAAACACACAAAUGGCAAGGACCUUGUGCGACCUGGAGUGACACGAUUUGCUAGCCACUUCAUCACUUUGCAGAGCAUUCUUAGUGCCAUUCCUCAUCUUAAGCAGAUGUUUGUGUCAGAUGCUUGGUUGGGGUCUGCAUACUCCAAAAGACCUGAAGCAGAGAAGAUUGUGACCAUUGUUUUUGAUGAAGGGUUCAAUAAAAGUGGAGAGGAGUUGACUGCGGUGACAGAACCUUUGGUGAGGGUUCUUCGUAUGGUGGAUGGAGAGGGCAUGCCAAUGGGUUUCAUUUAUGAGGCCAUGGAUAGGGCCAAAGAGGCCAUUUCACAUUACUAUCGUGGAAAUGCAAGAAAAUGUGAAAUCUUUUGGCGCAUCAUUGAUCGUAGGUGGACAAACCAACUCCACCAACCGAUACAUGCCUUCGCCUACUUUUUGAACCCGAAAUUCUACUUCUUUGAUUCAUUUAGGGCUGAUGAGGAGGUCAUGGCAGGUGUUAUUACAUGCAUUGAUAAGAUGACACCUGAUCCUGAGUUGAGAGACAAGGUUCUUGAUGAGUUGGAGAUGAGAUUUGACAUUUGCAAUUGCUCUAUCUUUAUUUAUGAAUUCGGAAAUGUUCAUUAUUGAAUUUGAGUUUGACACUUUGACUAUCUAGUAUCUAUUUCUGAAUUUGGAAAUGUUCAUUCCAUUGUUCAAGAUCUUCAAAAGUGCAGAGGGGAGACUCUUCUCAUCACAACUAGCAAUUGAUAGGAGAGGAAAACAACAACCAGGUAAAACAUUUAGUAACUUAGUUCAAUAGUGCAAGAAAAAACCUACAAACUUGAUUGUUACAUUUUUUUCUCAAUUCUAAUAUUUCUAAAUGUUUUUUGUAGAUUUAUGGUGGGAGAAUUAUGGUGCCGGCAUGCCUAAUCUUCAAAAGAUAGCUAUCCGUGUUUUGUCUCAGCCAUGCAGUGCUUCUGGGUGUGAACAAAAUUGGAGUGUCUUUGAAAGCAUUCACACAAAGAAGAGAAAUAGAUUGUCACAAAAGCGG